AUUGGCUGGCCUUAGAUGGGGUACUUCCGGUGUCCAGGUGCUCGGUUCUUUGGCAGGAGUAGAAAGAUGGAACUUGGCGCCGCCGCCCGUGUUUGGUCCCUCUUGUGGCUGCUGCUCCCCUCGCUUGGCCUGGUCGGUGCCAGCGGUCCCCGCACCCUAGUGCUGCUGGACAACCUCAACCUGCGGGAGACGCAUUCGCUUUUCUUCCGGAGUCUGAAGGAUCGGGGCUUUGAACUCACAUUCAAGACCGCAGAUGACCCCAGCCUGUCCCUUAUUAAGUACGGGGAGUUCCUCUAUGACAAUCUCAUCAUCUUCUCCCCCUCGGUAGAAGAUUUUGGAGGCAACAUCAACGUGGAGACCAUCAGUACCUUUAUUGACGGUGGAGGCAGUGUCCUGGUAGCUGCCAGCUCAGACAUUGGUGACCCUCUUCGCGAGCUGGGCAGUGAGUGUGGGAUUGAGUUCGAUGAGGAGAAAACAGCUGUCAUUGACCAUCACAACUACGACAUCUCAGACCUUGGCCAGCAUACGCUCAUUGUGGCCGACACCGAGAACCUGCUGAAGGCCCCGACCAUUGUUGGGAAGUCGUCUCUAAAUCCCAUCCUCUUUCGAGGUGUUGGGAUGGUGGCUGAUCCUGACAAUCCUUUGGUGUUGGACAUCCUGACAGGCUCUUCCACCUCGUACUCCUUCUUCCCAGAUAAACCUAUCACCCAGUACCCCCAUGCAGUGGGGAAGAACACCCUCCUGAUUGCUGGGCUCCAGGCCAGGAACAACGCCCGGGUCAUCUUCAGCGGUUCCCUCGACUUCUUCAGCGAUGCCUUCUUCAACUCGGCAGUGCAGAAGGCCAUGCCCGGCUCCCAGAGGUAUUCCCAGACGGGCAACUAUGAGCUAGCUCUGGCCCUCUCCCGCUGGGUGUUCAAAGAAGAGGGUGUCCUCCGUGUGGGGCCUGUGUCCCACCACCGGGUGGGCGAGACAGCCCCACCCAAUGCCUACACUGUCACUGACCUGGUGGAGUACAGCAUCGUGAUCGAGCAGCUCUCUAAUGGCCAGUGGGUCCCCUUUGAUGGUGACGACAUUCAGCUGGAGUUUGUCCGCAUCGAUCCUUUUGUGAGGACCUUCCUGAAGAAGAAAGGUGGCAAGUACAGUGUCCAGUUCAAGUUGCCGGACGUGUACGGUGUGUUCCAGUUUAAAGUGGACUACAACCGGCUGGGCUACACACACUUGUACUCGUCCACUCAGGUGUCAGUGAGGCCACUGCAGCACACGCAGUAUGAGCGCUUCAUCCCCUCAGCCUAUCCCUACUACGCCAGCGCCUUCUCCAUGAUGGCAGGACUCUUCAUCUUCAGCAUCGUCUUCUUACACAUGAAGGAGAAGGAGAAGUCUGACUGAGGGCCUUGGGACUCCUUACAGCAUGGAGACACGGAGGGUUUUUAAUAGGAUUGGAUUAAUAGGAUUUAAUAGGAUUGGAUUUUUUCCCCCUUUUUUAUUUUUAUUUUUUUAAAGCCAUGGGACAGUGGCAUAACCUUACCUCAAUGGGAGAUGUAGCACUGAGUACAAAAGGAGUGGGGGUCCAGGGAUGGUUUUUAUGUAAGUUUUUCCAUCUCGUGCUGAGUGGUAUUUCUCAAAUGUGCAGCUACUCUCAUUUCUAAAAUAAAUAGAAACAUUACCCUCAAACUUCA